AUGGACACGGACGAUGUGGAAUCCUCGAGCAGUAGCACGAUGUCGAGCCUGAACAGUUUGUUUUCCUUCACCAGCCCGGCGGUGAAGAAGCUGCUCGGCUGGAAGCAGGGCGACGAAGAAGAAAAGUGGGCCGAAAAAGCCGUCGACAGCUUGGUGAAGAAGCUCAAAAAGCGAAAGGGUGCCAUCGAGGAGCUCGAGCGUGCCCUAUCCUGCCCGGGGCAGCCCUCGAAGUGCGUCACCAUACCGCGAUCGCUCGACGGUCGGCUUCAGGUCUCGCACAGGAAAGGACUUCCGCACGUGAUUUAUUGUCGUGUCUGGCGCUGGCCCGACCUCCAGAGCCACCAUGAGCUGAAACCGAUCGAAACGUGCCAGUAUCCUUUCAGCGCGAAGCAGAAAGAGGUGUGCAUCAACCCGUACCAUUACAAGCGUGUCGAGAGCCCGGUCCUACCGCCGGUUCUCGUACCACGGCAUUCCGAGUUCGCGCCCGGUCACUCGCUGCUGCCAUUCCACCAGAUGAACGAACCGAACAUGCCGCACAACGUCAACUACUCGAACACGGGCUUCAACAACUCGCACAUGAGCGGCGGAGGUACAUCGGUAUCGAGCCCGGGACCGAUCAGCUCCAAUCCACAGAGUCCUUAUGGAGCCCUGCCAGAGACGCCUCCACCCGCGUACAGCCCACCGGAAGAGGGUAACACGGUGAGCGGGGCGCAGGAUGGCAACCAGAUGGACACGAAUCAGAUGCACGGUGAAGUGGCCCCGGUUAGCUACCAGGAGCCACCGUACUGGGCCAGCAUAGCGUACUACGAGCUGAACUGCCGCGUCGGUGAGGUAUUCCACUGCACGAACACCUCCAUCAUAGUGGACGGGUUUACGAAUCCGUCCAACAACUCGGACCGCUUCUGCCUCGGCCAGCUGAGCAACGUCAACCGCAACAGCACGAUUGAGAACACGCGGCGCCACAUCGGCAAGGGCGUGCACCUGUACUACGUCGGUGGUGAGGUGUACGCGGAGUGUCUCUCCGAUUCGGCCAUCUUUGUGCAGAGCCGCAACUGCAACCACCAUCACGGGUUCCAUCCGAGCACGGUGUGCAAGAUACCGCCCGGUUGUUCGCUCAAGAUCUUCAACAACCAGGAGUUCGCCCAGCUGCUCUCGCAGUCGGUCAACCACGGGUUCGAGGCGGUGUACGAGCUGACGAAGAUGUGCACGAUACGAAUGAGCUUCGUGAAGGGCUGGGGCGCGGAGUAUCACCGACAGGACGUCACAUCGACACCCUGCUGGAUCGAAAUUCACCUGCACGGUCCGCUGCAGUGGCUCGACAAGGUGCUGAUGCAGAUGGGCUCCCCGCACAACGCGAUCAGCUCGGUGUCGUAA